CUCAAGUUAUCCGGCGCGGCUCCGGCGCCAUGCGACCCGUGCCACCGGCUGCUGCACGUAAUGCGUGCCAAGGCGCGCAAGAUCCUGGCGCUGGUGGCGCGCGACCCGUCCCAGACGGACGUGGACACGGUGCUCACCGAGUUCACCAUCAAGUUCCUGCUGACCGGCUGCGCCCACUUGGUCUCGGCGCUGAUGUCCAGUCUUCCGGACAAGACGGACAAGUCGCACCUGUACUGGGUCAUCGUCUACUUCAUGAAGCCAAUCACUGAGCUGCGCAUCAGCUAUGUCCAUAUCAGGUCGCUGGUCUCAGCGGACCUGCUGAUGCUGCUCACGUACGAGGCCAGCCGGCUGGUGGGGGUCGGGGCGAACCAGCUCAGCAGCCCCACGGAACGGUUCCACUGCCAGCGCCAGCUGCACAUGUCAUCAAGCACUACACCGACCUGCUCAGGUUCCACGCCACCAACCCGCCAGUGUUGAACGACGCCAUCUUCACCAUCCUGCACCACGUGGCGGGCGACGUGGGCAGGAUCGAGCUGCUCAUCCAGCCGUCCGUGCUGAGGAUCUUCUCCGACAUCUUGACCUCGCAGUUGCCCCUGCUGCAGGACUGGCUGGAGCUGAUUGAGCACACUAUCCAGCGCUUCAUCGAGAAACAGGGGGGUCCUGGGCGCGCCGCCCUUCCGGCGGACGCCUCCAUAGCGCGAUCCUCCACGCUCGGCGGCCCGGUGCUCUGUCUGGAGGAGGCCGUCUCGGAGAGUCUGCAGCGACUGUUGGUGGGCGGCGCCGGCCGGCUGACCGCCGCCUGUGGGCAGCUGCAGCGCGAGAGCGGUGUCACUGUCAGCCCGCGCUGGGCGCUCGACAAGCUGCGCGCCCUCGAGCUGGUGUCGCCGCAGCAGUACCUCGAGCUCAGGGAACGGCUGGUCGACGGUGGCGACGACGAGUCGACGCCGGAGAGCCCGGACAGGACGUGGGCUAGCCCGGCCCUGGACCUGACGGACCCGGCCGCCCGCCGCCAGCUGCUCGACCACCCGGCCGUCGGCUUCCUGAUCGACUAUGCGCGGCGUGAGCUGGGCGUCGCCAGCCUGAGCUGGCUGCAGCGCGAGCUGCUGGAGGUGUGUCUGGCGCGUAUGCGGCCGUCCUCGACCGACGUCGAGCCGGUGCCGCUCUUCAGCCACCUGCACGGCAAGCCCAGCCCGCUGGUGCCGCUGGCCAAGGCGCACGUGCGCGCCGUCAACUCGGCCGUGUUCCUGCGCCUGCUGCGGCUGCUGCGCUUACAGGUGCCGACAACAGACUGCGUGUACCCCACGGUGCCCGUCUCGCUGCCCGCCAGCUAUCUUUUCGCCGUGGCGCAGAAGGUGGCGCCGCUGGAUCCAGCGUCGCUCAAGUUCGACCCCGCGGAGCUGUCGCGGGCCGCGCCAGCCGCGUGCGUCGUGGGCGCACCUCGUGCCGCACCGUGUCUCGUGCCGCACCGCGCCGUUUCGGUGCUGAGCCUCCAUACCUGA